AUAACUAAUUAUUGGCCACUUUAUUAGCAAGUGGGUGUAAAAUUUGCCAAAAUCAGCCACUUGGAUAACAGCUAGAUUAUUAUUAGCCAUGUGGCUAAUAAGAUGGCUAAUAAUCUGCUGAUCACAGGUUACCAGACUCUUGAGUGACGGUCAAGAUUUUUUUCUGAGUUUCAAAAUGCAAAACUUUUAAUUAUAUGAAGCAGAAUAUCAGCAAAGUUUCAAAUCAGCAAGGUCCACACAGGUGAGGUGAGGACAAGGACAAGAUCUGCAUCUCCCCAUCUGUCCAUCAACGAUCCAAGUGCCUCGGUGCCGGCCACCCUCAGGUCACCUCAACCACAACGGCCGCCAAACAAUAAAACUCUUGACCUAGCGUCCCUCACAAGGCAAAUAUUUGAGGCCAUUAUAUCUAAUUUCUCUGAGCAGUCGCCACUGAAAAGAUCAACAGUGAAGGGUGUUGUUGGGAGACGGAAAGAGAGAAGAAAACGUGGGGGAGGAAAAAGUAGCCCUUUCAAAGUGCACCAAGUCGGCUAUUUCUGCUGCACUGUGGGCAGAGAGCGUCUCAUUUGGGAGUGCUCUUGGCUGACAAAAAAAGGACUUCCCUGUGCCCUGCCUGCCUAUCCAAAUGCCUGUGUAAAUACUGCAUAGAGAUAUCAAUUUGUCUGGGCUCUGACACUGCCCAACAAAGAGACUGCAAGCUAUCUAUAGAAAACUUUACAACAAACUUGGACUCUGUGGUCUCCUGAAUUGCUACCUAUCCAUUACCCUUCAAGGAAGAUUCAAAAACUGUGAGAAGAGGAAUGAGAGCUACUACAGUUUUCUACACUUAGAAACUUUUUUUUUCAAACGCUCUCAUUAGUUUUAAAAUUUUCACAGGACCAACCACAGCUCUCUGGGGGACACCAGAAGCUGUCAGUCAAUUGGGGGCUGCAGUUUUGAUGUCUUUCCCAACUUGGUGAAUCAACAUGAAGCCACUAACCCCAAUUGGAUCCCCCUCUCCUCUGAGGCUCCUCAACAAGGGUCCAGACUAUCUGCGCAGGCAGAUAGACGGUGGAGGUCACGGCCGCUCAAUCAGCGCUGUGGAGAGGCUUGAAGCGGACAAAGCCAAAUAUGUUAAGAGCCAGCAGGUAAUCAACACCAAGCAGGAGCCUGUACUGGUACCUUGUGCUACCCCACCACCACAGCCCCGGCGAGCUCUUGUCAUUCCCAGUAGCUUGACGCCUCAUCUUCCCCCACGCCGUUCAUCCAACACCCCCUACUCUACACUCUCUGGCUCCUUCACCUCAAAAGAUGAAAAUGAAAAUGAUGACUCAAGAAAGGAGAACCGACGGACUUCUGUUGACGUUGAGGCCCACAACAGGAGUAACGUUAACAAUGUAAUGCUUCCCAGCCCCAGGACACCUGCAAUUAACACCUUGGUAGCACCACACAGCGCUCCUAUACUCAGGAGGAGCACAGGCAAACGCAUGCUGAGGCCGGACUCGCUCAUCAUCUACAGACAGAAGAAAGAGUGCAAGAGUCCCAUGGGUGCAGGGGUGGGAGAGAACAACAAUGUGGAACUGAAAAGCUACAGUUUUGUCCGCCGCCUCUUCCAGGGGUCGAUGAGAGAGAAGAGUAGCGGAGGUGAGGGCAGAAUCCAGAAAAUGGUGAUUGGUGAAGAGAAAGCGCCAUCACGGGAUGGAGACUCCCGCAUGUCAUGGACCAACGACAAAGACACUACAGAUGGUGGACCAGGGAGCAGGAGGUCUAGUAAAACUGACCAAGAACGCAGCCCAGGUUCUAUCCCUAGCCCCGGGUUUAGCUGUACACUUGAACGGACUAAUAAUGGAUUUACAAAAGGUACCACUGAUGGAGUUAACAAUGGUAUCACCAAUGGCAACCACUCAAGUAACUACGAUGAUGCGAAUGACCCAUGGAAGCGGGCAUCACCACCACCAGUACCCAGAAGGAAGUUUGGGGAACUGUAUCGCUCUAAGUCAGAACUGCGUCUGCGCUGCUCUGUAGCGUUAUCAGAGCAGGAGCAUUUCUUUGACUUCUGUGGACUGGACAUGGACAUGAUAGAGCGUCUGGGUCGAGAGAAUUUCCUCUCCGGUGCCAGCUCCAUAGACACACUGUCAUUGGCGCUCCGCAGUGUAGGCGGGGACGGCUGUGGUGGCUCAGAGCCCAGCGAGUUCUCCCGCCACUCAGGAGACGGGCUGUUCCAGGAGGAGCUUGCUGAUCAGCUUCCCACUGGUGUUUCAAUCAUUGAGAGAAACGCUCGUGUCAUCAAGUGGCUUUACGGGUGUAGGAAUGCUGCUCGCGAAGGACCCAAAGAGUCAACUGUUUAAUCCAGGGACAAGGAACCAUGUUCCACAGAGUGCUGAGGGUCUGCAGGUGUUCUUUCUAACUAAACAAGAGUUCAUCUGGUGUAGCGUGUGGUUCUGCAGACCCUUACCACAUGUGCAGACAUUAAAUUGCUGCUGAAAUGCACCACAAACCAAAAGUGAAAGCAUUUGGGUGAAUUUCACUUGAAUUUUGUGCACAGACAGUAUUGUUUCAGUGUGAGUUGUUAUUGGCUGGCUGCAUUGCUGCAGCUCAAAACAAAAGGCUGAAACAGGGCACAGUAUUGUUUUUGAGUCAAAGUGGUUUGUGGAGUUUCACAACACAAAGCUGUAAGAAAAGUGUUUUUAAAAUUUCAAAUGAGAGACUAGUUUGUUUCAGCUGUCUGCACAUAGGGGUAGCUCUCCAUGGCACAUGGUUAUGUUUGGUCCCUUGCUCUUCCAGACUCCAAAGAGACUGUUUCUUUGAAUUUGAGGACAAUGACUGCUAGUAGUUAUCUCCUGUCAAAUUGAUAUAUUGUAUUUAUAGAUCCUAUGGAAGUAUUGUGUGGGUAUAGAUAGACCUUACUGGCAAAUGGAACCAUUUCUUCAAGCAAAAUGUUUUGGUGUCUGUGUGUGUGUGUGUGUGUGUGUGUGUGUGUGUGUGGAGUGGACAUUACCGUCCUCUCCAUUUGUAGCCUCUGUUCAGUUUUUGACAGAACCGCAUUCUGAUCUGUUCUGAAACCAGACCCUCUGACCCCUCACAAGGCACAUAACUGUAAAAGUGUAUUUGUCAUGACACAGUGGGCACAGUUCAAUGUCCUUGACAUCAAACACUCUCCUCUAAUGACUAAUUUAAAAUGGAAAACCACUAAGCUAUUUUUUUUUCCUAAACUGGAAAACUGUUGUGCGAGUGUGAAGUGAACCAUAAGUACCUCAUUCGGAACUGUCCCAGUUUAGUUUGUGUGUUGCUUUUUUUUUACUCCUUAAACGCAGGCGUUGGAACAAACAUGCGAGGCACCCCUGUGGGGUUGUUAAUGCACUGAACUGGACAGAGAGAGAGGAAGUGAAAGAUAGAGAUAUAGCUUUGACUCUUUAGAGAGAUUCAUCUCGUAUAAACACUGAGCUGGAUUCAAAGGAGCACCUGCAUCGUGGAAGACAAGGAGCCAUGCCUGGCCAGUAAUUUUCUUCAUUUUCAUCUCAUUUUCCUAUGCCUAAUGAGGGUCUUUCACAGUAUACACUGUCCAAUAAUCACUUGUGUGACACAGUCAUUGAUUACUACAGCUAAUGCUUCAUGCCUGUUCAGCGGGUCACAGCUGUGUGAGCUAUAGAGUUGGUAAAUGAUAAACAGGGAACAGCAGCUUGUUAGUGAUCAAUCCUGUGAGAGGAAAAACUGGAUAUAUUCCAAAAAAAAAUUCACAUUGAAAGUUUAAAUCUCACCAAAGAAGUUUAAAAAAUGAAGAAAGUGUCAUAAAUAAUAUAUUCACCUCCAAAAUUAAAGGAGCUCAAGCUUUCAGACCCCUAGUUGCAUGUGAUUUAGGAUGUCACUUUUACCAUCUGGCAGUUUACAGCAGUUUAACCUCCCCCAGCUGGCUCCAUCAGCCUGUUUCCCAUUGAAACAAGCAGGGGAGGAAGAGGCCGCCCUCCUUUGCUCUGAUAACCAGAGAUCCUACCUCACUUCAUCCAUCCUUCAGUGAUUCUCACUUUAUCUCCAUGAAAGGUCAUUUCCAUUGCUUGGCCUGGAGGAUGCCACUGAAAUACAAACUCGGGGUCUGCCGAGGUAUGCAGAGGUUAGACUGAGAGACGUUCAGGUCUGAGUAUUACUGAACCCAAGGGCACGUUAUAUUUGUACACGUGAUAAAUUAAUGAAUUACUUGCAGCCUUGAUAUGUUUUUUUCUGUAUUUAUCACCAGCAUGGCACGCUCCUGAAACUCCUCCAACUGGACUUUGUUUUGUUUUGUUUUAUAUCUCCCCCUUGAAAACCAUUUGGUUGCAUGUUUACAAAGUGGCUCCGUAGAUUAUGAAUCUCUUUUUUUUUUUAAUUUGAUAUAUAUAUAUGAGAGAUUUAGUUUUUAUUCCAAAGAUGUUUGUGUAUGAUGUACACAGCAA